GUAAACAACCGAUCGUGUAGCCGCUAAAAUAUUUUACGUGUAAAAAACGCACAUUUAACGAAAAUCAUGCCGUACAUGCUUGGAACAAAUGCAAUAAGAAGAACUCGACAAUAUCUUGAGCAGGGAAAAUUAUUUCAGAAAAAACAUGUGAAAAUAAUGACUAUAAAUUAUAACGAGCCUGUGAACAGAAAUAUAGAAAAAAUCAGUCCUUAUCAUCAAGGAGCAAAGGACUUUGUUCAUUGGAAUUUGUGUCAAGUUCAGUACAAAAAUCCAGAUGUACAAGUGAUUUUCAUGAAAAACAAGUUCCCAACACCAUUUGUGAGAUGUUGGCUAGAUAACGGCGAUGAUGUAAUCAUGGAUAUUUUUGGAAAGACUAACGUAGAAAUUUUAGAUCAACUUAUUAAAGUAUUGGGUCAACCUGUAAAGGCUAAGGCAGAAGAACAGAAAGACACGUUGGAUGCUCAGGGAAAAAUAGCUGAAUUUGGAAGCGGCCGUAAAAGGCACUGUAUGUGCGAAAUACCAGGUCAAGUUCCUUGUCCUGCAAUUGUUCCUUUGCCGAAAACAAUGACUGGAAAGUAUAGGAAAGAAAAUAGUAUAUAUCCACCGAAAGGUUUCCAUUGUCUGUAAACUAUUUUAGUAUUUUACGUGUAUGUUUAAAUAAU